AUGCUGCAUCUCAAAGUCCAGUUUCUGGAUGACUCCCAGAAGAUCUUCGUCGUUGAUCAAAAAUCCUGCGGCAAAGGGCUCUUCAACCUGACCUGCAGCCACCUCAGCCUCGCGGAAAAGGAGUAUUUUGGGCUGGAGUUUCGGACCCAGGCUGGGAACUAUGUCUGGUUGGAACCACUAAAGCCCAUAACAAAACAAGUAAAAAAUCCUAAGGAGGUUCUUUUCAAAUUUAUGGUGAAAUUUUUCCCAGUGGACCCUGGACAUCUGAGAGAAGAGCUGACCAGAUACCUCUUCACCCUUCAGAUCAAGAAGGACCUGGCGUCUGGGCAGUUGCCCUGCAGCGACAAGAGCGCCGCGCUGCUCGUCUCCCACCUGCUGCAAUCCGAGCUGGGCGACUUCCGCGACGAGGCGGACCAGAAGCACCUGGCCACCCACAAGUACCUGCCCAACCAGGACUACCUGGACCACAAGAUCAUGCACUACCACCGGAAACACCGGGGAAAGACGCCGGCCGAGUCGGACGCGCAGCUGCUGGACGUAGCCCGGAAGCUGGAGAUGUUCGGGAUCCGCCCGCACCCCGCCAGCGACGGGGAGGGGACGCAGAUCAACCUGGCCGUGACGCACAUGGGGGUGCUGGUGCUGCGGGGCAACACGAAGAUCAACACGUUCAACUGGUCCAAAAUCCGAAAACUCAGCUUCAAGAGGAAGCACUUUCUCAUCAAGCUCCAUGCCAGUAUUGCUUCACUGCACAAGGACACGCUGGAGUUCACCAUGGCCAGCAGAGACGCCUGCAAGGCCUUCUGGAAGACGUGCGUGGAGUACCAUGCCUUCUUCAGGCUCUCCGAGGAACCCAAGUCCAAGCCCAAGGCCCUCCUGUGCAGCAAGGGCUCGAGUUUCCGCUAUAGCGGGAGGACGCAGAGGCAGCUGCUGGAGCACGGGAGGAAGGGGCAGCCGCGGAGCCUGCCCUUCGAGAGGAGGCGCCGGGCGUCCCGCUAUGACGAGCGGCAGUGCCGCUCCUCGCCGGAUCUCCUGACGGACGUGUCCAAGCAGGUGGAGGAGCUGCGCCUGGCCUACGGCGCCCACGCCUCGGAGCCCGCCCUGGACGCCGCCGCCGCCGAGCCCGAGGAGCGCGGCCGGGCCGCCUUGCUGCCGCCGUCCCGCAGCAGCUCCGCCUUCCCGCUGCUCUGGGCCGCGCUGGAGCGGGAGCGGGCUUGGGAGCCUUUCCACCCGCCGCCGCCGCCCUUGACGCGGCCGGCGGCGCGCUCCUUCGAGCGGCCCCCCAAGCGCUCCUGGAGCCAGUCGGACAUGAAGAGCCUGCGCUUCCCCUGCGGCUCCGAGUUCAGGCCGCUGGGGCCCUGCCCGGCUCUCAGCAGCCGGCGGGACGGCGCUUUCCGGCCCGCCGCGGCCCCGCGCGGGCUCCCGGCCGGGCUGCGGCACCCCGCGGGCAGCAGCACCGAGUCCAGCGACUCCGACCCGGAGCUGCUGGCCGCCGAGCGCGGCGCCCGCUACGGCCGGCCGCGGCCCUCGCCCGCCGCCCGGCUGCGCCUCUCCUCCGGCAGCCUCCAGCUGGACGAGGAGGACGAGGAAGUGGCCCUGGCCACCGGCGCGGCGGCGGCCGGGAGGACGCCCUGGGGCGCUGCUGGGUACUUCGCCUAGUGGCUCACUCCUGGCGGAGCAUCGCGGCGGGAUCGUGCGCCGCCCUGUCUUGUCCCCGGCCAGUUUCGAG